AUGCCUUCAAUAAUUGAAAUGAUGAAAUGGUCCAAUUUGAUAUCCUCCAUCAUGCUCAUCUUGAUAGGAGUCACUCAAAUUAUCUCAUUAUCCAUCCUAUUCAAGAGUUUCAGUUUCUCCUUCUUCAUGUCGUUCUUCCUACCAUUCUUCUUGAUGUAAGUUCAUACAUUUCAAAAUUAUAGAUUUUUUGGGAUCCUACUUUUUGCGAGUGGAUAGAAGUUGGAAUUUGUUGAUAACAAUUUUAGAUUCUUGAGCACCUUGCUAGGCAGAGGACUGUUCAACAUCUAGUAAUUGGCUCAUUUAUUAUCCCUUAAGCUUAGCAUCUUUGGCUGUGUAUCAAUUAGCCAACGCUGCCAGCGAUAUCAUUGGAUUCAUCAUAGGCGCGAUGCUAUUCUGCACAGGAUUCUUUUAUUUGAUCCUGCACUUUUGUGGAGUAAUCUUAUUAAAUUAUUACAAUAUAGAAUAAGGAAGAACUGGCAUCCUUAAAAAAAUAAUUAAUAUGA